GCGGAAUUUAAAACUAGCGGAACCUUAGCACCGCAUCGUGUUGUCCCUCUUCGGACUGUUUAUAAGGAAGGACAUACUGUUUUGCGCAUGUUUGUUUGUCGCUGUGGGGAAAUUACUUCCUAUAACUGCUGUAUGUAAUCAAUAAAUGAAUACAACACCGCUUUAUAAUACUACGUAGUUGUAUUUUGGCAACAAUGAUCGAUAAAAAUGGCCGGGGACGAACUCGCUGCGUUCAGAGAACGUUGGAAAAGAGAAUUAACGAGUAAAGAAGAGGAGCAGCGGCUUGAUUGUGCUCCGUCCAUUUCCUCUGGCGUUCCUGGACAGUCAGGACAGAGAAACCUAAAAAAUAAGUACUUUGAAGACUUCAAAAAUCUUAAGGCCCCUAAUCUUUUAAAACUCGAGGAUGAAGGUUGCACUGAGGACGAAGAAUGUGUUGUUGGAGGUGGAGGACCAAAAGCUGAGUCAGAGGAACAGCCAGACUAUGUGUCCAUUGCACAUAGUUUGCUGGAUGGGAGGACCAGUCCCCUGCUGGACCGGAUUGAGGAGGAAAGAACCAGGAGAAAGAGGCAGUAUCAGAGCAUGACCAAUGAAUGCAGCGCGUCCCUACAGCAGCUGCAGCCUCAGAGGAAGGCCAAGAAAGAGGAGCAACUGGUGGAUCAGCUCAUUCAGGAUCUGAAUGAAGUCACUGACAUCCCCUUCUUUGAUAUAGAGCUGCCAUACGAGUUAGCAUUGAAGAUAUUCCAGUAUCUCAACUGUACUGAUCUAGGCCGAUGUGCCCAGGUGAGCAGGGCAUGGAGAGUCCUUGCAGAGGACAGCAUUCUGUGGUUCAAGAUGUGCACGACGGAGGGUUAUCAUCAGGAUGCCAGCGUGUGCGACUCGCCAUGCUGGAAGAGUACGCUGCGAGACUGCAGGAACUCAGCCAAAACCGUGCGCUCCAACUGGAAGAAUCGAGUGGGAUCCAUCAGCCAGCUGCAGUUUGAGCUGGGGAAGGUGCUCUGUGAUGUCUGCUCCUGUGACAACUUUGUCUUGGCUGGGUACACGUCUGGUGAUGUGAGGCUGUGGGAUACGCUACACUGGGACUCGGCAGCCUCGUACUUGAAGACCAACAGCCUGUCAGCUAAUACAGAGCCCAGACCAUACGUUAGUCACGUCCAGGUCAGCGGCACAGUGGCUGCUGCUGCUUAUGAAGAUGGUUGUGUGGACCUGUGGAGCACAGAGACGGGUGGAGAGCCCAUCCAUCACUACCAGAGCCCAGGGAGGAUCCAGGCCCUGGCCCUGAGCUCCGACAGUCCCGUCCUGGUUUCUGCUGCUGGGCCUGACAUUCGGUUUGACUGUGCCAAUGAUCACGGCUACUGGAGAACACUCUGUCAGGCUCAGCUACCCAAAACUGUGGAGAGCCUGGUUUUGGUGCCAGGCAGGAGGCAGCAGUGCCCGCUGGCAGCUGUGGCAGCAGGACAGGCCGUGUACCUGCUAGACCCACGAGAGGAUGAGCCACGGACACUGCACUCAGUCUACGGUCAUCCUGUUACCUGCCUGGAUGCCUCCGACUCCAAAGUAGCUUUUGGGGUGAAGCGCACUGGCUGGGCCAUGCAUGACGGAGGAAAUAAGAUCCACGUCUACAGCCUAGAGACGGGCAAACCCGUGGUUUGUGUGGGUAGCUCGCUGGGAGAUUUCACUUGCAUCAACUUGAAAGACAGCCCUCCUCACCUGCUGGUGUGCGGAAACAAAGACCGGAGGGUGAGGGUCUUUGACCUCCGAGCCGGCUCCUCCGUGGCGUCCUUGUACGCCCACCACCUGGGCGUCACCUCGGUGCAGACAGAUGACUGGAAGCUCGUCAGCGGUGGAGGCGAGGGGUUGGUGUGCGUGUGGGAGACGAGGAUGGGAGCUAAGCUGUGGGAGAUGCACAACAGGCACCCUGUCAGGCACGUACGCUUCAACACCAGCACCCUGGUAACAGCCAACAUCCCUGAUGACAAGUCACCGCGGGGGGCGUGCAUCACAGACGAUGACCUUACAGCUCACCGCAGACACAGAGGAGUCAUCUGCCAUUACGACUUCUCUGAGGACACGCUAUCGCAGGAUCACAUCCUGCCCAUCUGCAGGUCUGACUACACAGAGACUUAUGGCUACAACUACAACAUCGGCCUGGCGGUGCCUUAUGACAGGCUGUCUGCCUGCAGCUUCCCCACACUGCCCCAGGGCUCGGUGCAAGACUGAACGGACAGUAGGAACGUUCACCUUUCUGUUUGAUUCUCCAAACUGUAUCCUUUUAUUAAUUAGUUUCAUUUUAUCAGUUUCCUAGUCUAAAGAAGCACUCUGCAUUCACCAAAGAAACAAUGGAAGAUUCUUGUCAUGUAAUUAUGAGAUAAUGCCGGGGUUGGAUCACUGCAAAACCUGCCUGAAAAUCAGGUUUUUAGCGUCAAAGUAAUUCAGUGAUAGUUGCCAGUACAUCCAAUAGUGCAGAGCAGAAGUCAACUGUGAAUACCUAAUUUGCCGUACUUCAUGUUCCAAAACAUAAAUAAAUAUAGGUUAAAAACGGCCCAAGCUGCAGCCCACAGUAACUCUCACCCAUGGGAACAUUAUACUUGCCCUUUCUUGUAAAAGUAUGAUCUGUUCACAAUAGAACUUUUAAUGAUUUUUUUUUUUAUUGAUAUUUAAGCUCAUAUUCAUUGUAUAGAUAGCCUAACAUAAUGCCUCUGUCUUCUUUAAUAAUAACCACUAUAGCCUAGGACUUAAUUUACACAUUGGACCACUAAUUAUGCUGAAUUGGCUAUUUCGCUACGUUAAAAACCCAAGCAGGUUCUGAAGCUUUCCAGCUCCUGCUCAGUACACAUACAUAGUGAGUCACACUGUAGACAGCAACCUCGAUUCCCAUUGGGCGAAUUAGCUAUUAGCAGUUCACUGUUAUGUACUGACAACUAUCACUGAAUUACUUUGAUACUAAAGAGUUUGUUAAAACCUGAUGAUUUUCAGGCAAGAGAAAAAGAUUGUGUAGAAGAGAGAUGGAUCUCAGAAUUGAGAUCUUUUAUAAUAAUUCAUAAUUGCUAGAUUAGGAUCCCAUGAUUAUGAAAUUUGUCUCAUAAGAUAAUGCAGGGGUUGGAACGCUGCAGAACGUAAGUUUAAGUCAUAAUUAUGGAGUCAGUCAUAAUUAGGAGAUAAGAUCCUCCAAUUUUCUUUGGUGAAUGCAAUGCGCUUCACCGGCCAUUAGCAGGACUCUUUAAUGUAUUUUGGAUCAGAGUGAAAUAAUUAGACUUAUUAGCCAAACAGAUAAAAAAAAAAAGUACAAUAAUUGUCUACAAGGCUGUGAUCUUGUGCAACAGUUUCAGAUAAUAUAUACUUAAUAAAGUGGCCAAUGAGUGUUGCUUUUUUUGGUACAACUGUGUGCAAUUCAGGGCAACACCUUCGCUUUGACAUCUGUGUUUAUGAAGCUCAAAAUAUCCUAAAUUCAGUUGUAUGUUUAUUACUGAGGUCAUAGUUAAAGGUGGUGGUGUACUGACCUAUAUUACAGAGGUGUCUAUUUCUGUCCUCACCAGCUGCAUGCAGUGCUGUAUGAGAGGGUCAGAAUAUUAGGAAUGCCUCUGGAUACAAUGUAGCCCAGUACAACACCACCUUUAACUAUGAGCUCAAUAAUAAACAUAGAAUUGAAUUUACAGAUUUGACAGUUAAACCAAAACGUUUUGAAGUGCAUCCAGGUGUAUCUGAUGAAGUGGCCAAUGAGUGUUUCUUUUGUAUGUACAUUAUCUGCAAGAUCAGACAAUUGAAUGUUUGUCUAAUAAGUAAUUAUUUCACACUCAUCCAAAAUACAUUAAAGAGUCCUGCUAAGAAAAAAAGAAAAAACAGCAAA